AUGCAAUUCACAUCCAGCGUCCUCGUCAGCCUUUUGGCCAUCACCGGCUCGCUUGCCGCACCCACCAAGCGCACUCCCGACGCGGGUAAAUUGGAAGUCCGCCUCGAGGCCGAGACCUUCUUCCUGCACGUUCCUCUCUCCAACUACCAAGCCGACCAGAGAUUCCUCGGCGACCGCUUCACCAGCGUCAACUUCAAGUCCAUCGAGGUCCUCAACGGUGGUCUUGCCACCCCUCGCUGCAAGGUCAUCGACCAGGCCCAGAAGGAGAUCAUCGCCAAGCGCGGCGACAACAUCGAUACCUCCUUCUCUGAUGCCGGCAAGGGCAAGUGGACCUUCAAGGACGGUCCUACUGGUGUCGGAGCGCUCAAGUGCGACCCCGCAUUCACUGCCAACAACCUCAACGUCCAAUUCAUCGCUGCUCCCCCGGCUGGCGAUGCCAAGGUCGCUGUGAACGCUGCCGUUGUCGACCCCACUGCUUCAAGCACCACUACUGCUGCGGCCACCGCUACCAGUGCUCUGUAA